AUGAUGGAGGUCGAGUCCUCCUACUUGAACUUCAUCUCCUGUGACCAGACAGGCCGUCAGAAUGCAGUCCCUGGGAUCCAGGGUGACUCAGACUGUGAGCAUGCAGAAGCUAUAGACACAGGAAAGCUGGCACUUGAGGGGUCAGACCGACAGGCACUGGGAAACCCAGACAAGAUCAGCAGCAAGCCGGAGAGCAGUGAUUCUAACACCCGUCUUGAGUCUGCCCUUGGUAUUAGAAGCUAG